AUGGGGGAGGAGAACUGUACCACUGUGACAGAGUUCAUUCUUCUUGGAUUAUCAGAUGCCCCUGAGCUGAGAGUCUUUCUCUCUCUUCUGUUCCUUUUCAUCUAUGGAGUCACAGUUUUGGGCAACCUGGGCAUGAUUGCACUGAUUCAGGUCAGCUCUUGCCUUCACACCCCCAUGUACUUUUUCCUCAGCCACUUGUCCUUUGUGGAUUUUUGCUAUUCCACAGUCAUCGUGCCAAAGAUGCUGUCCAGUAUCUUAAACAAGGAAAAAACCAUCUCCUUCCUGGGAUGCAUGGUGCAAUUCUACUUGUUUUGCACAUGUGCAGUCACUGAGGUUUUCCUGCUGGCUGUGAUGGCUUAUGACCGCUUCUUGGCCGUCUGCAGCCCACUGCUGUACAUGGUCUCCAUGUCCCGGAAACUUUGUAUGGUGCUGGUUUCUGGCUGCUACCUCUGUGGAACUGUGUGUUCUCUGGUUCACUUGUGUUUAGCUCUUGAAAUCCCAUCUUAUAGGUCAAAUGUAGUCAACCACUUCUUUUGUGAUUUACCCCCUCUUUUUACUCUUGCUUGCUAUGACAUCUCUAUUAAUGAAUUCAUAGUGUUCUUUGUGGUCGUUUUCAAUGAGAUUGUUACCAUAAUGAUCAUCUUCACCUCCUACUUAUUUAUUCUCAUCACCAUCCUGAGGAUGCGCUCUGCAGAGGGAAGGCACAAAGCCUUUUCUACCUGUGCCUCCCACCUCACAACCAUUGUUGUCUUGCAGGGAACAAUACUUUUCAUUUAUUGCAGACCCAGUUUAAGCAACAGUAUGGAUACUGACAAAGUGGCCUCAGUGUUCUACACUGUAGUGAUUCCCAUGCUGAACCCCCUGAUCUACAGCCUGAGGAACAAGGAUGUGAAAGGAGCUCUCAAGAAAGUGUUGGGAUCCAAAUUGCCUUUUGAAAAACUGUUUUCUUAG